AUGUCCAGGAGGAAACAGGCUACACCUCGUUCGCUCAGACGUAAGUAUCCGUAACCCUACUGCCCCCGUUGCAUGUCCCGGCCUUCCGUUCCGCCGAGAAAUCAUCGCGUAUAAAAAUCGUACCGCGGCGCGUUUAUCGUUAUUGUCCCGAAUCAUGCGACUUUCGUCCAUAUAAUGUGUGUAUAGUGCACCCUGAUAUACUGCAUAGUGGCGUGCUUGCCAUAUGUAUCCCUUUCUGCUUUAAAGGCCACGUGAUGAGGGCUGACAUUUUUCUCUAUAUAAAAUUAUGACCGUUAGACCGUUUCGUCGACGUGUGUAUUCAGUGUCGGUCUGAUUCGCCAAAGCCCCCUGGGGCACGGAGGUUUUUUUCAUGGGGACCUCAUAGAUGAAAAAUAAAAAGUCGUUUCGAUUAGUGGGAAAAGUCGGUGUCAUUGGUCGAUAAUGUUUCUAAAAAUAACAGUGGAGUUCGCGGCGGCGUGGGUAGGUAUUAUUUGGCUAUCUACUAUAUUUAUUGAGGUAUGCAAUAUUCAUACAAAUGAUUUUUAGUGACAUCUCAGUUUUCAGUAUUUUGUGUAUACAUUUCCUAGCUCAUCACAUAAUUAUUGUGAAUAAUAAAUUAUUGUAUAUUAUAUUAUUUGACAGCAGUCUGCAAUAUAGUCAACUAAAGUAUAAACAAUACUAUACAUACAUUUUAAUGAGUAUUAAAAUUGUUCAGCAAUACCACCCUUCCCCUCACUUUAGUUUUGUUAAAUUGAAAAAAAAAAAUUAUUGAAAUGUUGAAAAACUUUCUCAUCUCAGUAAAAAUAAUUAGUAAAUAAUUAAAAACACAACUUCUUUUUUUCGUAAAAUAAUUUAAAGAAAACUACCUUUAUAUAAUAGCUAGGUGUAGAUAUAUUUUGCUUGUACUACGAGUAUAAUGUAUAAUUUUCAUUUACUGUGUUUAGCCAAGGAGGGCCUCGUUGAAAAAUCACGAUUAUUUUUGUGAUAUUAUAGAUACGGUAUUUAAAAUAUCAUAGGAUAUAUAAUUUAACAUAAUAUUUCAAAAAUAUAUUAAAAUUGUUAAAAUACUGAGAAAAUGCCAUAAACUACAUAAAAUGAAAAAUUAACAUCAAUUUGAUUAAAUAAGCUAUAAAUUAAAAUUAUUAUAUACAUUAUGAUAAUUGGGUUUUAAAAAUAAUAAAACAUAUAUUUUUAUUAGUAUCAUUGAGCAAAAAAAAAAAAAAUAAAACGGAUGGAUAUACUUCGCACGUAGGUGCAAUCAUUUUUGUAGGUGGGAAAUUGGGAAGGUAGGAUACAGAUGGGAAUUUAAUGUAUAUCUGUAAGCAACGACAAACCAUUGCUAACGAAAAAACGAUUCUGAGCAAAGUUCAGUUGAUAGUGUUUGUCAACAAUAUAUAUAUAUAUAUGUCAUAUUAUGGUAUAAUGAUUACAAUAAUGAGCGUUUCCAUGACAACAAUUACUGUUUAAAAAGAAUAAAAAGAAUAAAACUUAAUAAUAACAAAAAAUAAAUAAAAACGGUUGCCAACGACAACUUUAUUUUUAAUCUUUCAAUCUUUUUAACCCAAAAAACCAAGUUUUCCUCAUUAUCUCGAAUAUUAAUGAGCAUCUCAAAAAACUACUUCUCUAAAGUACCACCCAGGGAAUAUUUUCUUUCAGAAAAGGUGCUAUAUUUGAUAAUCAGAGUAUGCUUUCUAGCAGAAAAAGCGUUCACACAAAAAAAAAAAAAAAUUAAUAAUAAACGUCAUUGUAAAACCAAUACAUUCCUCGUUCCACUCAGUAUCUAAAAUAAUUAUAAUAAUAAUAAAAGAUAUAAGAAUAAAAAGACAAAAGUUUUAUAAGAUACUAUCUAUCCCAUGAGUAUAAAUAGUAUUAAGGGGACAUACAUAAUAUCUAAUAAAUUAACAAACAAAAACAAGUUUAUAUUUUAAAAUUUAAAUGGGUACCUACCGAAUAUUUUAACUUGAUAUUAUAUAAAAAAAAAUUGUUCAUCCUUUUCCGUUCGUUAAAAAUAUCCAAAUGCUAUACGCACACGCGAUGCCGCAAUUACUCAAAAUAUUCAAAACAAUUUGAAAUCCAUAGAAUUCCGGAGAGCGGCCCCUCCCUCCCCUUCCCUCCCCCUCGUUAUGCCACACAGUCUGCGAAGUGUGAUUGUUGUUUUUUGACGGUAUGUUUUUUUAACGGUCUCCGAUAAUUUACGAUUUAUUAUGCGGUCGGUAUACGAUCAUUUUGUUUACAAUUUACUCGCGGGCGUAAAGAUUUAACAAUAAUUUGCCAAUGCACGCGUUCGCGUGUUCGCUGCAGACUUUGUGCUCGGAUACUUGUACGCGGUAUACGGAUUACCGUGUUUUUUUUUUCUCCGUGCAGAAGCCAGGCGAUUUUUAUUGUGUACACCGACAAGCAAAUACCGACGGAAAAUAGACCGUUACGAGAUAUAUCGUCUCUUUUUCUCUCUCUCUCUGUACGUAUAGUAAGACAACUGUUGCCGCCUUUCCGUCUAUUAUGUUUCGCUAUACAGAAAUAACCGGUUAUAAUGAUUCGACAACGACGACGACGACGACGACGGCGACGCGUAAACCUAAGUACACCGUCAAUUUUAUGAAUCAUGAAAUUGAUGAACCGUCGCCGUCCGUCACGUAGAUCGUACUCACGCGCUGCCCGCCGCGCCGUGCAAUGUGCACGCCAACUGCAGUGUUAUAAACUUCUGUGCGGGCGUUACCUGAUGUGUAUAAUGUGUGUGAAACAGUCUCGUAUGUAUAACAUGCGAAACGAACGUCAUUAGUAUUCGGUGGCUACACAUAGCGCGGAUUUCACCAUACCCCAUAGCACACGGCGCUGCAUAAUGUUAUCGCUGUGCGGUUGCCGGUCGUCGUGAUAUCGGGCCGAUAACGCACUGUAUUCGAUUAACGUUCGGCCGGGUACAAUGCAGCGGGGCGUCCGUGUCCGUCGUAAGAAAAUCCGACGGGUCGCGAACGUGCGGCGGGCGCGGCGCGGCGUGAAACUACGCGUUAUAAGCGUGUGUUGUUUGUUGUUGUUACAACGUUAUUAUCGUACUGCCGCUAAUGGGUUUUAUUAAUUUCGUCGAAAAGACGAAAAACAAUCCGACGGAAAUUCCGGGGGACGGGGAUGCAUAUGUGCUCCCCCCCCCUCCCACCAUUUCGAAACGCCCGACGGUUAAUAAUAACGCCGUAAUAUCAUCGUGAUAUUUUACAGCGGUAUUUGCGGAAAAUACGUAUUGUUAUUAUUAUCGCGCGGAGGAAUCCCCCGAGAAAAACAUUACUGUAAAUGUAACAAUGCGCGUUUUAAUCAAAAUACGUUUGUACUAUCGGUAGGUUUGUGUUAGAAAAUAAAAAAAAAAAAAAAAAAAAAAAAAAAAAAAUGCUGUCGAGAACGGAAUAAUCGAGCUAUCGGACCGUUGUAGUAAAAAUAUUAUUGGGUAAUAGCUAGUGUACGUUAAUUCCUCUUCUGCUUACAAAUACUUCUCAUCUGUUCCGCUACACAAGCCACGCGUUUUUCUGUAUGGAUUCUAAAUAAUGACAAUACAGUUAUACAAUUAUUAUUGUUUAGCUUGGUACCCGUGUGUAAACGGCGUAAAGUAUUUAUUAUGUUAUUAUUAUUGCGGAAUGGCGUGUUUACGAUACGUUAUUUCUGCCGAAGGAUUUGAAAACGAAAAACUCGAGAAACACCGCAGUGAAACAGCGGAGUUUUUUUUUUGUCUGGGAGAACGACCAUCGCACACAAGACAUUGCAAUAAUACGUUGAUUACAUAUUAAUAAUCGAAUUAAAUACUUCAUUGUCGAAAUCACUAUUUUGUAUUACAACUGUUCGGACGUCGGAUUGUACAUGAGAUUGUACGUUUGCCUCGUAAGUCUAGAACAAUAAAUACAUACACGUGCAAUAAUUUCCACGUCCCGUCUGUCUGUGUCUACCCGAUUACUGCUGGUUUUUGUAAUUCCGUCAUUUUCCCAUCGAUUAUGAUGAAACUCUAUGUGUAGGUGUCAUACAUAUAUGAACUGAUAUACAACUGUGUAGCAAACAAUUAUUAAAAAAUAAUGGUUUAAUGGUUGUUUUCUAUUAUUGAAGUGAACCGAGGGAUGAAAAUCGUAUAUAUCCCGCGCCACAUUAUUAAAAAUGUCUUUAAAAAUUCAAUCUAAUGUGAUAUUUUUUCAUGCACAUAUUAUUAUUUCGUGACAUAUUAGCUCCUAAUUUCGAUAAAAAUAUGCCCCCUCUAUCUAACUUCUCAACCACGUGAUUACAAAUUAUAAACAACCCAAGAAAGUAUCCAGCCGAAGAAAAUGAUUUUGUACAAAAUACGUCGGUGAAGAAGUUGUUCCCAUCCCUCACUUAGCCUGAUGGAAUCAGAUUUCAAUAUGUUGCUUAUUAUAUUUACAACGAAGGAAUUAUAAUUUUGAACUCAUUAUUUUGGUAGCGAUCGAGGUUUUAGUAAGAAGAAUCAGCGUCCACAUUUUUUGCGUCAUGUUUGAUGUGAAAUUUUUCGUUCAUUUAACUUAAUUUUGAUGAUUGACAUGGAGCUCGAGGAUGGGGCUAUCCCCAUAAAUACUCAGUUAAGCACCCUCCCCAAUCGAAUUCUUAUCGAGUAAAUAAUAAGCGUUCGAAAUAAAUAUUGUGGGGAUUUAUGCCCCAUUCAAAAUAUUUGGGCUCUUUGCGCCUAAUAUUUAUAUAUUUUUGCUUAAGGUUUAUUGAUCGUUGUCAGCCCUGCAAAUAGGAUCCGCGCACGCUUAUGGAUACCGCACUUUACCGUUAUGUGCCAUUUCGAGCUCUGUGUACGCAAUCUAAAAUUAUACCGAUGUGUAUUAUACAUAUUUAUAUAUUUAAUUACAAUAGAAUUAUGCGUAUCGCAUAAUAUUAUUACCUAUAAAACACUGCUGUAUUCGGAUUUCGUCUAUUAUAAUACAAUAUAAAAACGUUUGUAUAUAAUUUGGGUGCGUAGAAUAAAUACAAAAUCGAUUCGAGAUCAUAAUUACUUUGGGAUGUCCGUCCGCGGCGAGUCGUGUGGAAGCAGCGGCGGCGGCAGCAGCGGCGGCGGCAGCAGCGGCGGCGGCGGCGGCGGCGGUAACAUCGGUCAAAAUGAAUUCCCAUUGUAACGCAAUGGGAAAUUCAACGGGCACGGUCAGGUCUCUAGGGACGCGGCGUUGCCGGCUCGGUUUUCCCGCCGGUAUACGUUCGCUCGCGAGUUGCCUUCAGUUCCGCCGUCGCCGCCGCCACCCACACCACUUCGUGUACGUGUAUAUAUAUACACGCGCGCACUACUCUCCGUGCGAUUAACGGAGGUGGCGGUGGCGGUGGUGAGGCAGUCGUUUUUCCCUGACGAGGCGGUUCUUCUCCGCGACGACGAGAUGCGGAACCGGACGGACGGACGGCGGUGGCGGCGGCCGUAACAAACUUUUCCGUUCCGACUUGCGAGCGCGCGCACGCUCUUCUCUUCUGCACCGCAAUUGUGUAAUAGCAGACGUAGUAUAGUUAGUACUAUACAGCCAUACACAGUAAUAGCGGUUGUAUUAGACGAAGCAGUGGUAGUAUUAGUAGUAGUAGUAAUAGUACUCGCGCAAGUAGUAGUAGGAGAACGAAACGUCGUCGUCGUCGUCGUCGUUGUAGCUGGUCUCUGGGGGGUACACCGUAUAUAGGACGCGGUGUAGUAGGGAGUUGUCGGUGUGUUUUUGUAAGAGUGUGUGCGUGCGCGCAAGGCGUACGUGUAUAUAGGGCGAGGGGGGAGGGGGGGGGGGGGGGGGGGGGGGUGAGGCAGAGGUAGCUCUCCGGUAUAACUGUCGGGGACCAGCUGUCUCUCGAGCGUCUCGGCAGCGGUUGCCGUCCCCCGGGGGAUAUACGGCGUCCCGACGCACGUAUAUACGGCCGCGAGCGCGCGGCGCGGUCGCGCGGGGACAGCGGCGGGUCCCAGUAGGGAAACCCGGUCAGGUGCCGCAUUAGUCUUAUCGGGCGCGCAACCUUCAACCGAACUUGGCACGUGUGUGACAGCAACGACGAAAAUUGCGAGACCGAACUUUACUACGCGUGUGUACGCUGCGCCGUAGUCUCGAUGACCGUGCAGGACGGCGACAGCUGCUGAAACGGCCGAAAAUGCCGCUGAUGGCCAUAACCACUAUCGCGUUCGCGAGAAACAAUCAUAAUUUGGGUAUCGCCGCUGUACCCCCUCUAAAAAUGUCGGGAUCAAUCGUACAGAAAUCUCUUUUCGCGUUGAAGCCCGUAUCAUUUUGAGCGUUGCACGGAUCUCGGACGUAUUCCAGCCCCACUAUACUGACGGGCAUGAGCGCACCGCGGUUUUCGAUAUCAAACAUUAUCGCGUUAUUCGUUUGUUUUUCGGUACGCGCUUUUUUGAAUUUGUAUGUUAGUGAUUAGCAAAAAAAAAACCCCAACACUUAUUCGGGAUGCACCCUGACCCGCGUCGAGGUAACAUUCAUUAAUCCCCCAAAAUAAGCCUUCCUGAGAACAAACCGAAACCCUUGUUAAUAUUGACCUCGGGCUUCCCGAUCCUGUAUAACACUGGCAUGUAAAGUCCACAACAAUAUAUUAUUAUUAUUAUGUAAUGUACCAGAUUUCAUUUUUUUUUUAUCUGUACUUUUUCUAAAAAGAAAUCUGACUGAGGUGGUACUUCGAGGAGGUAAUUUUUUGAUUUUCCCAUAAAAUGGAGAAAAACAUGGUAAAAACUAGGAAAAAUAGAUACAAUUGUUAAGCAAAUAUAUUAUGCAUAAUGUAAUUAUUUUACCAUAAUGUGACAUAUAUAUUGUUGACAAAGCGACACUAUUAACCGAAUUCCGCUCAGAAUGGUUUUUCGUUAGCAAUGGUUAAUCGUUGCGUAUAGGUAUACAUUAAAUUUUCCCUUCACACCUACAACAGUAACCCACGUGUGAAGUAUGUCUAUGUUUUUUUAACGUUUUUGUUGGUGUAAGGUCUAUUCACACAUGUCCGUACCGUCCGUUCAGUGAUAGUACAGUUCGACGGCAUUUAUUCACAAAAUAUGUCCAGUUCAUGUUUGUGCCGUCCGGAUUUUGUGCACUACGUUUGGCACUAGAUUUGAUUCACAAAUUUCAUUUACAAGUUCAGUAAUAAACAGAACUUGUAUCAAGAGCGUUUCCAUAUCCUUUUCCAAAUAGCAUCUUUGUAUGCGCUGUCUAAUAUAUAUUUAGAAUAUGAAAUAAAUCCUAAAUAGCAUUACGUGCUCUCUUACAGCUUCGAUUAACUUUUUAUUAUUCAUUAUCGUCGAUUCAAAAAUAAUUUAAAAUAAACUACAACUAGAACUAGUAACAAUUUGUUUAAAAAAACAAGUAUCGAUGUGAUUUGACCCCCGAUCGUUUACAGCGCGCGUACAGAUAAUUCGCUGGACAAAUAAUUCGAAUCCGUUGUUGAUUCGUACCUUUAGCUAAUCAAGCGACGACGAGGUUGUGUUAGUUUUUUAGGCUUACGUAAUCCCGAACACGGGGGGUGAAGGAUUGUCGGAUGUACGCGGCGCGAAGUUGACCGAGCGCACAAAAUAAUCAAAUACCAACCCUUAGAUUGUACCCUCUUAUAUAGUUUUUAAACUCAUACGCGUGCAUUUCCCAAUAGUAUAGUAUAUAAUAUAGCCACGGAUGACACGGCCUUCGGAAACCCGGAAAAUCUGAAAAGUCAGUGAAAACUCAGAAUAUUCGGGGAGAAUUUGUAUGCAAUUCCGAAAUUUUAAUUUCAAACUUCGAUCUGUAUUUUCAUAAAUUUGUAUUGUUCAAAAAUCAAAAAUAUCGUAUUGUUAUUCUUAUAGGUUUGUUCCAACACACCAAGCUCAAACUGUCAAACGGUUGUUUACACACAUCAGUCCAGUUUUGGGAUUGGUUUCGGACAGUCAAAACGAUCUUCUGUUUCGAAUGGAGACUAGUAGUCAGAAAUCCUGUUAUCAUUUAUUUAUUGUUCUGUGUUUAUAUGUUAUCAAUCAUUUGCGUUCGACAAUCACAACCGUUUCAAAUAAAUUUUUAAAUUUCAAAACGCACGUUAACAAACGUUUUGUUACAAGACACAAAAUUCAUUCUUAUUAGGUUUUAUAUUUUGUCGAUAUUCUACAACCAUAGACUACACGGAAGCUGGUCCGAAACGCGUUCCAACACUUUCCCACUCAACUCCGAAUCUAUGAUCAGUCCACGUUAGCACAUGCGCAGCAAAUCGAUCACAGAUCAGUCCCAAAUUCCGUGUUUGGAACAAACCUAAUAUGUAUACUAUUUUAUUACGCGUUUAAUACUGUAAAUACAAAGUACCGAACAUGUUUUUCGGUACAUAUUAUUUUUGUUUACUCCGGUAAACCGGGGGAAAAACGCGGAAAAGUCCGCGUUUUGGAAUUUCGCGGCGGCCGCGAUAGCGUUCUAAAUAAUACGACGAAAACGUAACAAUGUCGUGUAACGUCGGGUACCGUGUACAGCGGUCGAGUUAUUAAAACAAAAAGUACCGGUACGGAACGGCGUAAAAAAAAAAAUUAAUUAAAAAACAAUUCCGUCGCUUCGUAUAAAAGUGCAGCAAAAGUAUAUGACGCAUUGUAUAGACGACGGCGAUGCACAAUACAGGUACGUAGGUACCUACGCGUAAAAAUAAAACUUUUCGCACGGUAACAUUUUACCUCCGCGAUAAUAUUAAUAAUAAUACGCAUAUAACGGUAAUAACGAUGACAGCACCACCUGCACCACAACCACCCCCCACCCCCAUCACCCGCCGCGGGGCCGCGGGGUACCCUCGCGGGACGGAUUUGUCAACUCGCGCUGGCGGACGGCGUGGCACGUGCGCGCGCGCUCGCGUGUGUGUGUGUGUGUGUGUGUGUGUAUGUAUGUGGACGCGUAUUUAGUGUACUGCCCUGCCGCCGCCGUCACACACCGCCACACUGCGCGUACUGCAGUGUAACUUUCUCGGCCGGCACGCACCCGCGUCGUCAGACACUAUAUAAUCGCGGCGGGGUGCGGCCGAUCGGACGCCCGAGACGUCGUACGCCUGUAUACGGCGCGCACGGCAGUUCGGAGCAACACAUUAUCCUUUCGCCGAACCCCCCCCCCAUCCCUACCCCCUUCCACCCUACGUCAGCGCCACGCGGCCACCUGCGCCCUCGCCGUUCUUUAAAUCCGACUGACGACGACGCGACGGGGACAGGAGACGAAAAAUUCGUAUCGUUUUCCCUCUGCCCGCCCGGCGAUAAUGAAAUGCGAUCUGUCCGCCGUAAUAAACGUUACACCGCCGCCGCCGCCGCCGCCGCGCCGGACGAGGCGACGACACGCGAUCGACGUAGGUGCCCGUCGGCGGCACCGCCGUUUUAUUAUACGCGGUUCGCCCCCCCCCCCUCGGUCACAACAUGUCAUUUUCGUUUUUCGAAAAAGGGUCGGAGAAAAAAAUCCAUGACAUUGGAGAUUUUUCAUUUUGUCGAGAAGUUUUUGUAGUUUAGAUUCUGAGUGUAGUGAAGAAUGUAUUGGUUUUGCAAGGAUGUUUAUUUUUUUUUUUAUGUGAACAUUUUCUACCAGAAAGCUUACUCCGAUUAUCAAGUAAAGCACGUUUUCUGAAAAGCGAAAGGAAAUGUUCUCUGGGUGAUACUUUAGAGAGGUCAUUUUUUUAAAUUCUCAUUAAUAUUCGAGAUAAUGAGGAAAACCUGGUUCUUUAGGUUAAAAAAUAUUAAACGAUUAAAAAUAAGGUUGUUAUUAGCAACCGUUUUUAUUUAUUUUUUAUUGUUAUCAAGUUUUUAUUAUUGUAAUCUUGUUUAAACAAUCAUUAUUCUCAUGGAAACAUACAUUGUUGUAAUCAUUUUUUACUAUAGUAUGACAUAUAUAUUGUUGAAAAAGCAUCACUAUCAACUGAACUCCACGCAGAAUCGUGUUUUCGUGGUUUAUCGUUGCUUACAGAUAUACAUUAAAUUCCCGUUUGUAUCCUACCUUCCCAACUUCCCACUUAUAAUAGGGACUGCACCCACGUGUGAAGUAUGUCCGUCAUUUUUUUUUCGUAUAGUACGCCAUUUACUAGAUUAAUUUUAAUAUUAAUGUAUAUGUAGGUUACUAUAGAGCAGUGUUGUUAAACUGUGUUUCGCGGAAUCCCGGGGUUCCACGAAUAACUCACAGGGAUUCUGGGAAGGCCUGGAAUAAGUUAAUUAAAAUUCUACAAGGAUUAACUAUUUAACGAUAACUACAGUAAUGAAAAUAUCAAAAUCAGCAAUAGCCCGUCAAGCAUGUGCUGCGCAUUUUUAGCAUUUUUUUCAUAUUCCAUGGACAUUUUUUCUCUAAAAUAUCGAGCCAAAAAUCGGUUUUGAAAAAAAAAACCUUAAUAACGGUUUUUGCUGAUACUAACCAAUUAUAUUAUAGUAAGCUGCUGUAAAUAAUAAGUUUGCUACUGGUAAUAAAAAAUGUAAAACGCGACUUGUGAGUCGCGUUUUACAUUUUGACUGUGAUACACUUGAUGAUGAAUUUUUAAUUCGAAACUGGUCGUAUAAUGCACUUAUCAUAAUACUCUAGGUGACGUAUUGAUUCAUUUAUUUAUUUAAUUUGUAUACAUAUAUUUUUUAUUCAUAUAUUUAUUUUAUUUAUUUAUUUACAAGUAUUAACCAUUUUAAUAAUUUUGUUUUUACUUUAUUAUUUUAUUAAAAAUAAUAUACCUUUAGACUAGUACUAAUAUGAUAUAUCUCGGAUCAAGUGGGAGGGGGGUGUCAUACUUCUCAAACAGCCUCUUGGAUACGCUCAGUCGCGCACACAGUGGGAGUUAGGGGGUCAAACCUUCUCUCCGAAACGUCUUCCUUCACUACGUUUUUUUGAAUCAAGUUUUAUACUCAAUAACAUAAUAUCUAUAGAAUACCAUAAAAUAAACUACAAUUUAAUUCCAACAAAAAUCAUUUAUUCAGUAACAAUAGUGAUAGUACUGCACUUAUAAUAUGUGCUAUACCUUCUUUAGGAAAUUAUUAUAAACAAAACCCCUCACGAAAAAAAAUCCUGCGUGCGCUACCGGAUACGCCACUGGUGUAUAUUAUAUAUGUAGCGUAUUUACACCUAUAAUUUAUUAUUAUACCUAUAGUUAUGCAUGCAAAUUUCACGUUGAACAAAACAAAAAUUGUAUUCGCAAUGAAGGGUACCUGUACGUCAACUUGAAUUAAUCAUCCAGUGUAGGUAUAAAAUGAGGUGUUCUGUAUAUUAUAUGGAAUAUAUAAUAUUAUCACAAUAAUAAUAUUAUAAACGUCACCAUGUAAUAUGACAGAUUUUCUCGCAUAUACCUAGGUACUCUAAAUGUAUAAUAUCCGCAGUCGUACUUGUAUAUUGUUCUCGCAGUCAUUACUCCAUUAGGCUAAAAUAAAUAAACAAUAUUGAAAAAGUAAAUUAAAAUUAAUCCGACGGGAUAGGUACACUGCAUUUCACUUAUGCGUGCACGUGCGACAUGUCGACAUGCAGUAUUUAUAACAUUAUUAUAAUAUGAUAAAAUGUAUUAGUAUAGUCACCAUCGACUGCUCGUCAUCGAUGUAGUUAUGAUAUUCAUUUUGGCGUGAUAAUAUUUAAAGGCGGUCGGUAAUUGGGCCAAAUUUUAUCUAUCCGCUUCGUAUAUAAUACGUUUUUAAAUUCGAUUCCACGGUUAUAUUGGGUCACAAAAUGUAAAUACAUUUCUAUAAGGACGGAAUUUGUUUUCGCCAAAAACGAAAAAGGUUCAAUUUUCGUUUUAGCCAAGGGGAAUUUCUUUUUUAUAGCUUAAUAAAGUUUAAAAUCCGUUUAGAGUUACCGAAUGACAAGGAGCCGAUUUUCGUUGACCCCCAAAGAUUGGUUUUUUUUUCAGCACCUAAAUAUCUAUAGUUACAUGAAUUUAUUUCAUUUCUCUACGCAUACGUACGUCGUAUAUAAUCUAUAUUCAUGUUUAGUUUGAAGUAUUUUUGUUAUUAAUUGUACAAAAUUUACAAAAUGUUGGUAAAUCAUAAAACUGGAAUUAUCUGUAAUUUUCCGCGUUCCGCAGCUUUUUGUAGCCUUGUCAAUAUCGAUUUUCUUCUUAUUAAUUAUUUUAGGACCUUAUUUGUUCCUUAUUAUAUUUUGAUGAUAUUUACCUUUAUGUUGUUUUUUGUUCAACGAUAAUUUAAACCGAAAAAAACAAAUACAUAGUUUUAAAUUGCGGUAUCCGCAUUAAAUACGCUGCUCGUGAAUUGGCAUUUUUUUUCAUGAAAUGAAAUUAUAUGGUAUUGUUACACAUGUACAAAUAAAAUAUAGAGAUACGCCCCAGAAAAAAAAAUAUCUUUUGGUCCACCCUAAUGAUUAUGUUACAAACGUGGAUUAUUUUAAAAUUCACUCAUGGUCACUUGGUUGAAAAUUGUUCAUAUAGAAAGCUAAAUAUAAUGACCUAAUUUUCUAUAUAGUUUUAAAACUAAUUUUCUUGGCCAAAGUAUACCAAACCUUUAACUUUUUUCGCUCAUAAACAUUGUGCGUACUAUGCACCCGUCUCGUGUUAAAAACGCUAUUUGAACUUAUAAUGUGGUAAGGAUGUUUUAAAUUUAUAAAGCGACUACUUUGAUGGUCGUAUUGAUUUAUAUAGUGCCAGACAUUGUACAAAUUUAAUACUUUUCAAGAAAAUUUGUUUUUUCUCGAGUUGUGUUAUUUUAUUGAUCUGUGUGAUCUGAUGUAUAUACGAUUUUCGAAAGGAGCGAUAUUAUAGUUAUAGGUAUUUGAAUAAUUUACGUGAAUUAAACAAUACAAGAUAUAUAAGGGUUUUUAAACAUCAAGCAUCAUUGGCGGACACUUGGAAGGGCUUGACAGUAGUUUAACCAAUCUGAAAUUUGGCCAAGCCUCCAAAAUCAAAUUCACAUCAAAUAAAUACAAAGUAUACUUAGUUAAUUUUAUGGGGGGGGGAGAUUGGUUGAACCAUGCAAAUUAUUAAUAAGAAUAAUAAGAACAGGACAUGUAUGUAAAAGGCUCGUUUGCCUGUGUAUUCAUCAUUGUGCAGUGUAUAUUUCUUAAAUUGAGACCCACUUGUACGUAAGCUACUCGAUAUUAAAAGUAUAUUAUGCUAUUAUAAGGGAAUGGAUUUGCUUUGUUACUGAAAUUCAACAUAAUUUAAGUGUAUACAAGUGAAUAAUACAAUUUCCCAAGGAAACGUAUAUGAAAAAAAGGGUAUUUGUAUAUACCAUUUGUUUCUUGAAUUUUUAAAAAAAAUUAUCACCCUCUUGAAAACACCUUCAAUAUCCCAUAUUUGAAAAUCCCGUAAUGAAGAUUCCCUUCAUUGGAAUGGUGAAGUGGAAGGCUAUUGUAAAAUAAAAAAAAAAAAAUAAAAUUUGAUAUAUCUAAUGAAAAAAAAAACAUAGCACCUACGCUUUGAAAGUUGUUUUUAUUGAAAAAAAUUUAAAACCGAACAAUUAACUAAAAAAAAAAAAAAAAUUAUGCUUUCUAUUUAGGAAUGAAGCAUAAAAGCAUAUUUUGUGAAAACACGAUUGCUGUCUUCCAUACACUCAAAAAAUAUCCAUGACCUAAGCAAAACCGUGCUUAACAAAAUUAAGCAAUUUUUAUUUUUACUAAACUAUUCUAACUAAUUUAUUUUGGAAUUUUGAAUGUCUUAAAAUAAUUAUCUAUCAUAAAUAAAUACAAAUAAGCAAAUAAGACACAACAAAUUCGUUAAAUUAUUCUAAUUUUUAAUUCUGAGUGGAGUGAAGGAGCCUAUUGUUUUACAAAGAUGUUAUUUUUUUUAUUAGUGCGCGACUUUUCUAUCAGAAAUUUUGCUCCGAUUUACAAUGAUAAUAUUUUUUCUGAAAAGAAAUCGGACCUGGGAAGUAUUUUGGGGAGGUAAUUUUUUGGUUUUCUCUGAAGUUUUCUUAAUAUACCUAUUGGAAAAACUGAAAAAAAAACGGACCAACCGAAAAAUAGGUGCGAUAUGAAAAAAAUAUUAUCAAAGAAAAUGUUUAAAUCAUAUGAUUAUAUACCAUAAAAUGACAUAUAUUGUUGACAAAGCAACACUAUUAACUGAACUCCAUUCAGUAUUUUGUUUUUUCGUUAGAAAUGUUUUAUGGUUACUUACAGAUAUACAUUAAAUUCCUGUCUGUAUUCUACCUUCCCAACAUCCCCCUACAACAGAGGCUGCACCCACAUGCGAAGUAUGUCCUUUUUUUAAAAUUAUAAUACAUAUCAUUAAAAAAGUAAUUAUAGAUAAUCAUUUUGCCUGCGUAAUUUAUAAAUCUAAAAUUAAAUACGAGUAGGUACUUCCUAUAUAGCCAAUAAAGUAGGUAAUUAAUUUGUAAUGUUAUAUAAUUUAGUUGAUUAAAUUUCACUUUCAAAUUUAUCGAAGCUCUAAACUUUUAACUCGUACAGGGGUAUAAUAAAUUAUAGGUAACAAUGGUGACAUAUUUGAUAAAGUAAUAAUUUGAGUAAUCUAUAAUGAUACAUGUUGGUAACUUUUUUUAAUGUCAAUUAUUCUAUAAUAUUACAAAAUGCCUGAUACUUUUCUGUUGCUAUCGUUGAUAGGUUACUGUUGUAGGUGGGAAAUAGGGAUAAUAUGAUAUAGGGUAAUUUAUUUUGCCGUAAGCAACAAUAAAUCAUUGACCUAAAAAACAAGCGAUUCUGAAUGGAUCUUAGUGCACUUAUAAGGUUAUAUAGUAUUAUAGCCAUAUGUUUUUUUCUCUUUGUAACCAGCUACUCAGAAAUCAACAAAAGUAAAAUCAAUGUAUCGUCAUUUUUUGUCAAUUUUUAAUUUUGUUAUAUAAAAUAUUAUUGCGAAUCUAGAAAUGUUUUUAAAAUAAAGUGCUAUCUAGUAAAAACCCUUGCGAAUAAUUUAGAGCAUAUUUUUACUAAUUGAAAAAUAAUUUUUCCGAGAAAAAAUACCUGGAUUUUGGGUAAUGGAUUUUAAAACAAAAUUAUUUCAAGUACCUCCGGGCAUUUUUCAAUCCAUCUUAAGAUGUUACCAACGUGAAAAAAAAACAUAGCACAGCACUCAUCAAAAAUCGCUUGCAAAAAAAAAAAAAAAUUAAAAAUAAAACCAUUUUUUCGGGAAAAAAAAGUAUUGGAAAUUUUGAAAUAUGUUUCGAAUAAAGUAUCAUCACAAGACACGGAAAAUCCGCAUCAUUUAAAGUUUGACGUGAACAAUUCCGAGCGUUUCAUUACUGACCGAAAAAGUGUUUUCCAAGAAAACAAAAAAAAUCCCGUUUUUUCAACUACGGAUUCGAUGGUUAGAAUCUGAAAUCGAUAAAUAACGUCCAAAAUAUUUUUUACGUAUUUUGUUUUGUCGAAAUUAUCGUACGGCAUGUGAACUGUACAACUGUAUACCUGCUGCAGUAGUAGUGAUGUAUUAUUAUAAAGUAUAAUAUUGUUUGUAUAUGUUUUUCAGACGGAAAUCCUGACGCAGAAGACGUAUUCGACGACGAAGACCUCAUGCCGUCGUUAUCUCCUAGAGGUGAGCAAAAACGAAAAAAUAAAAUAAAAUGAUAAUAAGAAACUUAAUAGAAAUCAUAAAAACAUCGAAUUUUUUUUACCUCCUUCCCAUAUAAUCGUAUGUACAGAAUACAAUAUAUAUAUAUACGUACAUAUAUACAUGGAAUAUACCUAUAUAUUAUACAGAGUGUAUACACUAUAUGUCGUUUUCUCUUUUAUAUACGUAAACGUAUACGUAUAUAUAUUAUAUACGUAACAGCAGCUAUAAAUAUAUAUAUAUAUAUAUAUAUAUAUAUAUGUGUGAAUAAAAUCCCAGGGUUUUCGAGUCGCUCCCGCAGGUGCUAGGGGGAUUUUCGGUGUCCCUGGGGGCCAGCCGUAACGAAGAAACGAGGUGCGGGAAACCCCUUUUGCAAUUUCCACUCCUGCGGGCCGUCACCGCCGCCGCAAACUUGGGACAACGAGGUUGCGUUUCAACUAAAUUGGCCGCUUUUCACGCCGGCAUUUCCACGCGCGGUUCAUACGUGUUUCAUUAUGCCAAUGGGAACGGUUUGUGGCGGCAGUUCUCUCUGUCCCCGUGCUCUGUCGUCGUCCUUCUCGCUCUUUCGCCGCAGAAGCGCGACGACUGUGUCGUUCCCACUUCUAUACCCGCCGCCGCCGCCGCGGGCUGUACGUACGCAUAG